UGUGUGUGUAUUAUUAGCUGCUGGCUGAUCGAACGAGGGAAGGGAAGGGAAGGGAAGGCGGGGGGGCGCAAUCGGAAUCGGAUCGAGAGAUGGAUCUCAAGGUCGUCGCCGAUCGAGCGCUCCUCCCCGACGAGGCCCCCAUCGCCAUGGCGUCGCCGGCCGAGCCCCGCAGCCCGACGCCUCAUCUGGCCAUCGACAUCGGAGGGUCUCUGAUCAAGUUGGUGUAUUACUCGAGGAACAGCGAUUGGUUGCCGGAAGACAAUAAGAUUUGGUCUUCCAAGGAGAGCCUAGGGGUCUCCAAUGGCGAGAGCAGUCACCCUCUUUCCGAAGGAAGGCUUCACUUUGCCAAGUUCGAAACCAGCAAAAUCAAUGAUUGCAUAGAGUUUAUCCGGUCGAAACAGCUGCACGUCGGAGGCCAGCAUCACGAGGUUCCUUCCAAGAACAAGAUCAUUAUCAAGGCUACAGGAGGUGGGGCAUUCAAGUUUACGGAUCUCUUCAAAGAGAAACUUGGGAUUGUACUUGAUAAGGAAGACGAAAUGGACUGUCUUGUCGCGGGAGCAAACUUUCUGCUAAAGGCUGUCCAGCGUGAAGCCUUUAUCUAUAUGGAUGGCCAGAAAGAAUUUGUGCAGAUUGAUCAUAAAGAUUUGUACCCAUAUCUCCUCGUUAAUAUUGGAUCAGGUGUCAGCAUGAUCAAGGUGGAUGGGGAUGGAAAAUUUGAGCGAGUUAGUGGGACAAGUGUCGGUGGAGGCACCUUUUGGGGGUUGGGAAAACUUCUAACAAAAUGCCAGAGUUUUGAUGAGUUGCUUGAGUUGAGCCAUGUUGGAAAUAACAGAGUCAUAGAUAUGCUUGUUGGGGACAUCUAUGGAGGAACGGAUUAUUCGAAGAUUGGUCUCUCAUCAACAAAUAUUGCUUCUAGCUUUGGUAAAGCAAUUUCAAUCGAUAAAGAGCUUGAAGAUUACAAACCUGAAGAUAUUUCACGGUCUCUUUUGAGAAUGAUUUCUAAUAAUAUUGGGCAGAUUGCCUACUUAAAUGCACUUCGAUAUGGGCUCAAGCGGAUAUUCUUCGGAGGAUUUUUCAUCCGGAGCCAUGCUUAUACCAUGGAUACUAUCUCUGUCGGAGUUCAAUAUUGGUCAAAAGGCGAGGCCCAAGCAAUGUUUCUGCGACAUGAAGGGUUUCUUGGAGCGUUGGGUGCUUUUACAAGCUUUGAAAGGCAUGGAUUUGAUGACCUGAUGGUUCAUCAGUUGGCGCAACCAAGCCCGAGAAGAGAAUCCUGCUCUGAAGGUAUGCAACACAGUGCCCCACAUUGGGAUGCGAAUGAAGAAAAGAAGAUAGAUUGUAACGUGUUCACAUCAUAGCAGUUGCUGGAGUUUCUUUUCUUCAGGUAGAUAGGUAAUGGGUAGCCUGCACAAACUCUGCAAGCAACAAAAGCGGAAGCUCCCAUAACAUGUAUAAUGUAUUUAUUGAGACUCUCGACAGUCUUAAAAGGAAAUCAAGGCUGUAAAACUAGAGGUAUAGAGAGAAUCGGAAGCCAUACUCGAUGACAGUUAGUUUCCUAUAAUUGUUACAGUGGCAUCCGGAUCGAGAUUUCUUGUCUUAAACGCAUAUUGUAUCUGUAUCAGUUUCUUUAGUAAAAUUAGUCUUUCCUCGUCAUCGCACAUUCAUCUUGCAAUGGAUUUUCUUCUCCUGCUCCUGCU